AUGGCUUCAAAAAAACCUGUUAAUCGCCCAUCCGUGAGGCAUGCGAGUCAUAACCAUCCGCUGCGUGUCUUUAAAGCUCGAGACGAAGAUGAGGUCGUCUGCUCUGGAUGUGAGCUCGAUCUAACGGGACAAGCUUUCAAGUGUAUAAAUGAGACUUACACGUGUGAUGCAUGCGGUGAGUACGGAUCCGGAUUCACUUACAAUUGUUCUGAAUGUCAAUAUGAUCUUCAUGUCGGAUGUGCGUUUAUCCCGGAGACCGUGGAGCGGGAAGAUCACGAACACCCACUCACUCUUCUCUACAAUACACCAUGCAAAGGCUGUGAGGACGGUGCGAUGUUCAUAUGUAAUGUUUGUGAAGAAGAUAUGUCGGAGAAUCUAUGGGUUUAUUAUUGCAAAGAAUGUGAUUAUGGGACGCAUGUGCAUUCUUGCGCGGUUUAUGAAGACGAUGAGCCAAAUAAUAGAGGAGGAGAAGAAGGAGAAGCGAUGAGCUCGGCGGUUUCGAGGAUGAAGUCGUUGAUGAAGGCUGAGGAUGAGUUGGCGGCGGUACAGCUCGAGGCACGUAUGAAGCGAGACGCUAAUAAUGCUAUACUCGGUUUAUAUGCUGAACCAAAGCGGAGAUAUUAUUGGUGA